GGAAUGCUGUUUGAUUUCUGAUUCUGAGUUUGAAACUGUUAUCUUUGAUUGUGUGGAGUUCCUCUGUUGAUGUAGAAAGCUGUAACAGUCCUUGGUUCUCUGAUCAUCAUUUGAGGAGGUGAACAGCAUUGAAGAAGCAUCUCUUUGGAAUUUCAGGUCUUACAAUGGGGAAUAACAUCUCUUUUCAUUUUCUAGGAGGAGCGCUUGGUGGACUGCUUGGUGCCUGGAUGAACAGAGCAAAAUUCAAGCCAGUCCCUCAGAUUUUAAUGCAAUUGCCUCCUGCCGAGCAGCAGAAACUCUACAUUGAAGCCAUUGUGGUACUCAAGAGCUUAGACUGGUCUGAUUUUGCUCGACUAACUGCUGUUGUAAUGAAUAGUCAUCUUCUGCAGCUGCAGUUGGCUAAACUACUGGAAAAUUACUUCACCAGAGAGCUAAGUGCAGUGAUAAAGUGUGGAGCAUAAAGCUUUUCAGUGCAGAUUUAUAGGUUGCAAUGAAUUUUAUUCUGGCAAUUGUGAUUCUUCAGUGUGUUAAUUAUUAGCAUUAGUAUUGUCAUUGUAGCUUUUGUUUCUCAACUGAUUCUGAAUAUCCUCUGUCUUCAUUAAAAUAUUCCUUAGAAGCA